AUGACGUAUAAAGGCACAUAUCUCUUCAAUGAUAUUAACGAAUGCGAAUUAGACAGCAAUCAGUGCACUGAAGCCCAGAACUGCGUGAACUUUCACGGAGGGUAUCGGUGUGUGGAGAAGAAGCUGUGCCAAGAACCUUACGUCCACGUCUCUGAAAACCGCUGUCUGUGCCCGACCUCAAACCCCCUUUGUCAUGAGAAGCCUUCCUCUGUCAUCUACCGGUAUAUGAGCAUCUUGGCCGAUCGGACGGUGCCCUCGGACAUUUUCCAAAUUCAAGCCACCACCUUCUACCCAGGAUCCUUUAACACCUUCCAGAUCCGUUCAGGCAACGAGGAUGGAGAAUUUUACAUCCGGGUAAGUCCGUAUCCUAGCAACAGCCAAUCGCAGCCAUUUUUCUAUAAAGUUUACUCUGGCACCGGGCUUCCUAACACUGAUGCUUUCAGGUCAGGGGGUCUCUAA